UACAAAGAAGUAAAAAGAUUUGCUGGAUAACCUGAGUAAAAGGAAAAUGGUAACGGAGUCUGAAAGGCUGACCAGUAAAAACUGUUCUGAGUCUCGUUCCCCUUUGCUUUAUGCAGGUGAAGGCUCUGGGAAAGCUCUGUAACAGAAGAGCCCCAGAGGACCCCCCUGGCCAUUAACCAUGGCCGUACCUAUUGCAGUUCUUGACUGCGACCUCUUGCUUUAUGGCCGUGGACACAGGACUUUGGAUCGCUUCAAGCUGGAGGAUGUCACAGAUGAGUAUCUAGUAUCCACGUACGGCUUUCCCCGACAGUUCAUUUACUACCUGGUGGAUCUCCUGGGAGCCAGUCUCUCUCGCCCUACACAGCGGUCCAGGGCCAUCAGUCCAGAGACGCAGAUACUUGCUGCAUUGGGUUUCUAUACCUCCGGGUCCUUCCAGACUCGCAUGGGGGAUGCUAUUGGCAUUAGCCAAGCCUCCAUGAGCCGCUGCGUUGCCAAUGUAACCGAGGCAUUGGUGGAAAGAGCCUCACAGUUUAUUCACUUUCCUGAAGACGAAGCUACUGUACAGAGCCUGAAGGAUGACUUUUAUGGGCUGGCAGGCAUGCCAGGAGUGCUGGGGGUGGUUGACUGCACCCACGUGGCAAUCAAAGCGCCAAAUGCUGAGGACCUGUCCUAUGUGAACCGAAAGGGUCUCCAUUCUCUGAACUGCCUGAUGGUGUGUGAUGCCAGAGGAGUCCUCCUGAGUGCAGAAACGCACUGGCCAGGCAGCCUGCCUGACUGCACGGUGUUACAGCAGGCAGCCCUUACAAGCCAAUUUGAAACUGAGCUACAUAAAGAUGGCUGGCUACUUGGUGACAGCUCCUUCUUUCUCCGAACAUGGUUGAUGACGCCUCUGCAUAUCCCGGAGACACCUGCUGAAUAUCGUUACAACAUGGCGCAUUCUGCCACUCACAAUGUCAUUGAGCGGACGUUCAGAACCAUUCGGUCACGUUUCCGCUGCCUGGAUGGGUCCAAAGGCACCCUGCAGUAUUCUCCAGAGAAAUCCAGCCACAUCAUUCUGGCCUGCUGUGUGCUUCAUAACAUCUCCCUGGAACAUGGGCUGGACGUGUGGUCUUCGCCAGCCACAGGACACAUGGAACAACCAGAAGAAGAGUACGAGCAAAUGGAAUCAAUGGACUCGGAAGCCUGUCGUAUUCGUCAGGAGCUUUUACUCACUCAUUUUAGCUAAUGUUGUGACAGAGAGAAGGCUUCUAACUGUUCAUCUGGGAAGAUAUACAGAGCAAGUAUGCCCCUUCCUCUUCUUUAAGUCUGUAAAGACUAAGCAGAUGUGAGACCAGGAGAAAUUUUACUCUCUUCAUUUCAGGCAGUAUUCUGAACUUCUCUUAGUCUCUCCAGAGAUGCAAUUUAAUUGCUAAAUUUUUACUGUUGUGAUGCUUAGAGACUCCCCUUUCACCUGACUUAGAGAACAAUGACUAAUGUGCAAUCAGUGGAGAAACUUGGGAAAUUGUCUUUGAUAAUGAUGAAAAAUCUGUAAGCCUUGCACUGUUUUACAAAGCAACAAUUCUAUGCCACUUUGUAAUCCAAAACACUUAUGAUUGAUCUUUAACGAGUAUUUCACACAAAUUAAACUUCUGUGUGGGCUCA